CUUGGUUGGAAUUGGCUACAUGAAUAUUUCAUAAGGUGGGUAGAGUGUCGUCUGCCGAACCGGAAGAACGACAUAUCUGGCGGACGAUCGGAGAGGAGCAGACAUGGCAACCGUGGCUGCGCUGAUGCUAUGUGCGGCGGCGGCGUUGGUACAAGUAGGGAAUGCGGUUGAAACAGUGUACAUGGUGCCGUUAAUGGGUAGACGGGACAAUGAUAGCGUCACCUCUAGCGACAAGGUCAAGUACACGUUUGUCCUCACGAAUACCGGAGAAACGUCUAUCAAGGUUCAAAUUGUUGGCCUCAAUAACAUCACAUGGAUCAACGAGACCAUAACACCACCGAUUGAUGUCCAGAAAGGUGAAAGCAAGGUCCACACAUUUGAAGACGACAGCAGGUCCCUUCGUGGCUCCGUCUAUUCAAACCAGACAGUGAUGGUGCGUUCAGAUGGUAAAUUUCAGCUGCAAGUGUUUGUCGAUGACCACGGCUACAAGGAGGGUUUUCUCGGCAUUCCCCAGUCGUACCUCAUCGACGGUCCGGUCGAACCGUUCAACGCGUCAGAGUACGUCACAUCAACGUUCUGCGCUAACGGCGGCUACUGCCAGUUUGCCGUGUCUGCGUUCGUCAACGACACGAUAGUCUCGAUCAAAUUCCCACACAACGUGCCCUUCCACAUAACCCUAUGUAAACAAAAAACAUUCAUCAACUCGGUGGACGACCCUGCCAUCACUAUGGGCGCAUUCGACACGAUUCAAUUCGAAAGUACCUACGAUCUUAGCGGGGUUCAUAUUUACAGCUUUCAGCCGAUCGCGGUGUUUGUUGGUUCCCGCAAUUUGACCAGCAAUUUUGCACACACGAUCGAGCAGUUGGUUCCUAGCUCAUACUGGGGUAAGGAGUAUGUGGUGCGGUCCAAUGCAGUCAGCGGAUACGGUGACAUAGUCAAACUGACCAGCAGCUGGAACAAAACGCAGGUCUCGAUGACGGGCUUCGCGCCGUUUGUAAUCAGCAACAGGGCGGAAGUAGUGGCGAGGAGGCUCGACAGCGGUACUUUGACUCACAUCAAGGCUUCACAUGAAAUUCAGGUCAUGAAGGUAACCGGUGCGGCGUAUGCUAGAGGCAACGCCACAAACGUGAGUCUGACGUACGUGCCUCCCCUUGAAGCGUUUGCAAACGUAACAAAGGGAAAAUGCUACGACGGGACAAAUGCCAAAUUACAUAUUAUUACACAACGAAGCCUUAACAUUACCGGUUUGUCUGCGGCGAUACCUACCAAAUUGGUACCUUUCACUUCGGUGUAUGAGCAUGUGUAUGAGGUAGGACAAGGUGGCAUUUACAAUGUGCCGGAGAUGUCACCUAACGUUAUGACAGGAAUCCUGCAGUGUGACACCGCCCAUCUGCCUCUUGUCAUGCGCAAUAAGCAAGAAUCGCUUACAUCGCCUUUAAUCCAGAAAGAAGUCAUCGUGGAAGAAUUCGGGAGGGAGUGUAGAGAGGGGUUCCAAGGCGAGUCGGUUUACAACGAGACCACGAGGAGCAUAUCUGCUCAUACGCUCGAUCUUAUCGCUACACGCCUGGACGAUGACAUCUUGAUGCUGAGGGCCAAGGUAUGCGGAGAAGGCUCGCUGGUAUUCCACACUAGCAGCAAGUCGGUACAUCUGUUGUUCAGCAAGUUCCGGACGGUCAUCUUCGAGUGCACGAACGAUCAAUGUUCGAUUCCUGUGAGCACUCCGAGUUGGUGA